AGAGAGUGGAGGUAUAAGUAUAAGAAUAACAACAUGGCUUGAAAACUGAAAGCGAAGUGCCUGGCUUAUGGGAGAACCAAGCGAAACGACUGUGUUCCUUAGGGUUUACAGUGCAGUGUUACUUCACUGAAGCAGCGUGGCUAGCAUUCAAUUGAUGAGGAGUCUGGGAAGCAUUCGGAGCUAUGCAAAGCAUCUUCGCAUAAAUGGGGUCAAGGAUACCAUAGCCAUCGCCUCUGCCAAAGGUGGUGUGGGCAAGUCCACUACUGCUGUUAAUCUGGCUGUUGCACUUGCAAGUAAGUGUCAACUUAAGGUUGGUUUGCUUGAUGCCGAUGUAUAUGGACCCAGCAUUCCCACCAUGAUGAACAUCAAUACAAAGCCUGAAGCCACUCAAGAUAAGAAAAUGAUUCCAAUAGAAAAUUAUGGGAUCAAAUGUAUGUCAAUAGGGUUCCUUGUGGAGAAGGAUGCUCCAAUUGUCUGGAGAGGUCCCAUGGUAUCAAAUGCACUUGAGAAAAUGACAAGGGGAGUUGACUGGGGUACUCUUGACAUUCUAGUGAUGGAUAUGCCUCCCGGCACUGGUGAUGUCCAGAUAGCUAUGUCUCAAAAUCUGCAAUUAUCAGGUGCGGUGAUUGUUUCAACUCCUCAAGAUGUUGCAUUAAUGGAUGCCCGGAGGGGAGUAAAAAUGUUCAAUAAAGUUGAUGUUCCGAUUUUGGGAAUUGUAGAAAACAUGAGCUGCUUUAAGUGUCCACAUUGUGGUGAACCUUCAUACAUAUUUGGUAAAGGAGGGACUCAUGGGACAGCCUCCGAAAUGGGAUUAGAAUUUUUAGGCGAGAUACCACUGGAAGUGGAGAUCAGAGAAGCUUGUGAUGAGGGGCACCCUAUAGUGUUGGCCGCACCAGAUUCAGUAGUUUCCAGAGCGUAUGGCGAGUUAGCUGAGAAAGUUGCUGAGAAACUCAAGAAACAACAGUUCCAACCAGAGAUAAUACUAUGAAAUGCAUUUAUUUAAUUAAUUAAUAAAAGAAGAGCGAGCUAAUUUCCCUGAUGCUUUGUAUACAGGAUUUUACUUAUUUUAAAAUUUGUUAAAAUUUACCAGAUAUACACCCGGCACUAGAUUUAGAAUUGUGGUAGUUGUAGCUAGAGCAACAUCUUGUCAAAGAGAAUCUGCGGUUCUGGACCAACUAGAUGUGGUAGUUUCUACGCAAGGUAUGGCAUGGCUAUGUGGAAUAUGUUCUUAAAUGUUGAAAAGAACAUGAGGGGAUUUUUUAUUUUGAGGUCCAAACAUGAGGUGAAUUCAACAUUCAUCUUAUAUAUCAACCCCUCAUUGUGGCCGCCUAUAUGUUUGUAAUAAUCUUAGCAUAAAUGAUGAUACUUAUUUGACUAGGAUUCGUUUGGCAUUGUCUAGUUGAACAUCAGUCACAAGGCUGGUCAACCAACCAAUCGAAAGAAACUGAAUAUCUAGCCUCAACUUUUUGGAGAACUUGGAAUAUAAGACUAUUUGCGAUUUCUAUAUUACAUGUUUUACCGA